UAGCGGCCGGCGCCAUGAACGGAGUGUGGGUGCUGGAGAGGGACUGAGGGGACGGGCGACUGACCCGGCAGCCCCUGCCGCCAGGCUCAACGUGGACGGGCUGCUGGUCUAUUUCCCGUACGACUUCAUCUACCCGGAGCAGUUCUCCUACAUGCUGGAGCUCAAACGCACGCUGGAUGCCAAGGGUCACGGAGUCCUGGAGAUGCCCUCAGGCACCGGGAAGACCGUGUCCCUGUUGGCCCUGAUCAUGGCAUACCAGCGGGCGUAUCCGCUGGAGGUGACUAAACUCAUCUACUGCUCGAGGACUGUGCCCGAGAUUGAGAAGGUGAUUGAAGAGCUUCGAAAGUUACUCAGCUUCUAUGAGAAACAGGAGGGCGAGAAGCUGCCAUUCCUGGGGCUGGCUCUGAGCUCCCGGAAGAACCUGUGUAUUCACCCCGAGGUGACACCCCUGCGCUUUGGGAAGGACGUUGAUGGAAAAUGCCACAGCCUCACGGCCUCCUACGUGCGGGCGCAGUACCAGCAGGACCCCAGCCUGCCCCACUGCCGCUUCUAUGAGGAGUUUGAUGUCCAUGGGCGCCAGGUGCCCCUGCCGGCUGGCAUCUACAACCUGGACGACCUGAAGGCGCUGGGGCGGCGCCAGGGCUGGUGCCCGUACUUCCUUGCCCGGUACUCGAUCCUCCACGCCAACGUGGUGGUUUACAGCUACCACUACCUGCUGGACCCCAAGAUCGCCGACCUGGUGUCCAAGGAGCUGGCCCGCAAGGCUGUCGUCGUCUUCGACGAGGCCCACAACAUUGACAACGUCUGCAUCGAUUCCAUGAGUGUCAACCUCACGCGCCGGAUGCUGGAUCGGUGCCAGGGCAACCUGGAGACUCUGCAGAAGACGGUGCUCAGGAUCAAGGAGACCGACGAGCAGCGUCUGCGGGACGAGUACCGGCGCCUGGUGGAGGGGCUGCGGGAGGCCAGCGCCGCCCGGGAGACCGACGCCCACCUGGCCAACCCCGUGCUGCCCGACGAGGUGUUGCAGGAGGCGGUGCCAGGCUCCAUCCGCACGGCCGAGCACUUCCUGGGCUUCCUGCGGCGGCUGCUGGAGUACGUCAAGUGGCGGCUGCGGGUGCAGCAUGUGGUGCAGGAGAGCCCGCCCGCCUUCCUCAGCGGCCUGGCCCAGCGCGUCUGCAUCCAGCGCAAGCCCCUCAGAUUCUGCGCCGAGCGCCUGCGCUCCCUGCUGCACACCUUGGAGAUCGCGGACCUUGCCGACUUCUCCCCUCUCACGCUCCUCGCCAAUUUUGCCACCCUGGUCAGCACCUAUGCCAAGGGUUUCACCAUCAUCAUCGAGCCCUUUGAUGACAGGACCCCAACUAUCGCCAACCCCGUCCUGCACUUCAGCUGCAUGGACGCCUCGCUGGCCAUCAAACCCGUGUUUGAGCGCUUCCAGUCUGUCAUCAUCACAUCUGGGACGCUGUCCCCACUAGACAUCUACCCCAAGAUCCUGGACUUCCACCCCGUCACCAUGGCAACCUUUACCAUGACGUUGGCCCGGGUCUGCCUCUGCCCCAUGAUCAUCGGCCGUGGCAACGACCAGGUGGCCAUCAGCUCCAAGUUUGAGACCCGGGAAGAUAUUGCGGUGAUCCGGAACUACGGAAACCUCCUGCUGGAGAUGUCCGCUGUGGUCCCCGACGGCAUCGUGGCCUUCUUCACCAGCUACCAGUACAUGGAGAGCACUGUGGCCGCCUGGUACGAGCAGGGCAUCCUUGAAAACAUCCAGAGGAACAAGCUGCUCUUUAUCGAGACUCAAGAUGGGGCUGAGACCAGUGUCGCCCUAGAGAAGUACCAGGAGGCCUGCGAGAAUGGCCGUGGGGCCAUCCUGCUCUCGGUGGCCCGAGGCAAAGUGUCCGAGGGAAUCGAUUUUGUGCACCACUACGGGCGGGCCGUCAUCAUGUUCGGCGUGCCCUACGUGUACACCCAGAGCCGCAUUCUCAAGGCGCGGCUGGAAUACCUGCGGGACCAGUUCCAGAUUCGAGAGAAUGACUUUCUCACCUUCGACGCCAUGCGCCACGCAGCCCAGUGUGUGGGUCGGGCCAUCAGAGGCAAGACGGACUACGGCCUCAUGGUCUUCGCUGACAAGCGGUUCGCCCGGGCAGACAAGCGGGGGAAAUUGCCCCGCUGGAUCCAGGAGCACCUCACAGACGCCAACCUCAACCUGACCGUCGACGAGGGGGUCCAGGUCGCCAAGUACUUCCUGAGGCAGAUGGCACAGCCAUUCCACCGGGAGGACCAGCUGGGCCUGUCCCUGCUCAGCCUGGAGCAGCUCGAGUCGGAGGAGACGCUGCGGAGGAUAGAGCAGAUUGCGCAGCAGCUGUAGCACGAGCUGGGCGGGGCCGCCAAGGUGUGCGCGUGAUGCCCAGUCUUACCUGGCCCCGGGGAGGUGCUGGAAGGUCCCCGCAGGAAAUGUCAGGCGUGCAUUCUGGCUGCCAUAUCCACAGCCUUUAAUGGCAGGAGGAAGGACAGUGGGAGGCUCCCCUUCCCUCCCCACCCUCUCCCAUUCCUCCUGAGAUGCUGCGGCCGCGUGGUCUUGUCGCCUUUAUUGAGGGCCAAGGUCCUGGGUGCUGGCGCUGAGGGUCCGAGAAGCCUCACUCAGGUGCCGGCUGGAGAACUGGAAAGAGGCAUGGGGGGUAGGUGGGUGAGUGAGGCCCGGACCCAGCUCUGCUCCAGCUGCCACUAGGGCUACUCCCUGGCAGCCUGGCCGCCACUGGCUGUGUCACUCAUCCUCCUGUCCCCACCUCUCCCGCCUCUGCCUGGAUAACCCAUCCAGGCCCCUGUCCUGGGGUCCCUUCCCGUGCCAUCCCCCCCUUCCCUUGCCUCUGGGCCCGUCCUCGUGGUUCCCCACUCCCUCCUUGCCCCAGGGACCCCCCUCACCGGGAGCCCGGUAGCCCUUGGCCCAUCCACGUUCAGCACGUUGAGGGACACGGCUCUCUUCAUCCUGGAGGAGGUGGGGCACCCGUGAGUCCGGGCGUGUCGGGCUCCCGUCCUGGGGCAGACCCUCCCCAGGAGGCGCUUGUAUGUGUUGCGGGGGAGACGGGAGCCGUGGAAGGUUCUUGAGCAGGACAGGAGGGCUACAGAGGGGGCAUCUAUCCAGGCUCUCCCCCACUUGAUCCCACACUCACCCCGCUGCCCCUGCCGCCGCCUCCCCUCGGAGCCGGGAGACCAGCUUCUCGCUUCCCCGCCGGAUGGACUCCCGGAGCUUGGAGAAGGAACUGCUCCUCCGAAGGCUCUGGGAGGGGGGCGCCGGUCAGUCCUCCCAUCCAGCCGGUCCGCCCCCCCCAUCCCCUGGGAGCCGAGCGAAGCCCCUCCUCACCUGCUGUUCUGCACCCCCGGCUGUGCCUGUUUUUGGGGCUCCUAGGGAACAGAUGAGGACAUGGUAGUGGGGACCCUGUGCAGCCUCCUGGGGGAGGGCGGGGCUGGGGGCUCACCGAGGGGCGCGGGCAGGUCCUCCCUGCGGAGGAUUUCUUUGUACAGCUCUUCCGCCUGCUGGUACUUGUUCUGCUUCAGGUAGGCUGAGGCCUGCGGGGAGGCGAGGGCCUGGGUGAGCUUGGCUCAAAUCUGGGAGCUUCCCAGCCCGCCCCCUCCGGGAGACACCUAGGCUCACCCCACACUCCAGGCCUCAGCCUGCAGCAGAGUGGGCUCGGCGCCCGACCCCACCGCUUCCCCCAGGGCAGCUGCCUCCCUGGCUCAGAGCAGGAGCCUGCUCCCCCUCGACCUUAAGCCACACCUGGCUUUGCCUCCGUGUCCUCGUCUGCAGAAUGGGGCGGCAGGAGCACCUACCUCGUGGGGCCCUUGAAGAGAUGGGCAGUAUAGGGCAAGUGCUAGGAAGGGGUCUAGCUCAAUAAAUGCGCUCAUCUGUUCCUG